UACCGAUAGGGCCAUCUUUGCUUUUGCAUUUGCAAAACAAUAAGGAAUGAAGUUGGAUUAAUAUUUAAAUGGCCAUUACUUUGUCCAAAUUAAUUACUCUGGACAAAGCACGGAAGUGUAUUCCAAAAGGACUCAUCAUCUGCCAGCCCAGGGAGCCCUCUCAGCGCUCGGUAGUGUUGCCAGUGGGUGGUGGUGGGUGGCGCGCUUAUCAGCCUACGUAGAGGCGCCCAUGCCCGCUGCGAUAAGAAAUAGGCGGAACCGCCCGUCCAGGUGCUUGCUAUUAUCAUGGGGUGCAUUACCAGUACAAGUAAGCUGAACGAACUGAGGAGUCACGAAAACGUUUUUCGAGUGAGGGUGGCCCAUCUGCAGCCCUCCCCUGGCACGCCCACCAUUCGCAGCGGCUACCUUGAGCUGACGCCACGGGAACUGAUCUUCCAAUCACCCGGCUGCGAACCAAUUAUAUGGGCUCUGCAGCAUCUGAGACGCUAUGGUCUCAACGCGGACCUCUUUUCAUUUGAAGCGGGUCGUAGGUGCAUGUCUGGACCUGGCAUUUACACCUUUAGAGUGCAAAAUGCCGAGUUGCUUUAUCCUAUGUUCCAACGCUACAUAAAUGCCGUGAAUACCGAUGCUUUUGCCCAGGUGGAAAGGGACCGCGUCAACUCCGCCCACUCGGUGUCCACGAUGAUGGGCCGUACGGAUGGAAAUCCACACAGCAACAACUAUUUGGAGCCGGCUCCACUGAUAAGUCGACAGCUUGGAAAUUCCCUGACCGAUGGCCCGCAUCCCAGUGCAUUGCAUUUGCUGCAGGCCAAUGAUAGCCAAUCAGAUGACACGCCACCUAAUCUGCAGUCUCCUGGUCUGAUUCCCAACGCUUAUUUUGAUCAGCCCUUGAGAACCCUACAGGAGUGUUGCCUUGAUGGGACCUCGCCGGACUUGCUGGCCACACCACCUUCUGGGAACAGAUUGAGCUCACGAAGACGUACUCUGGAUUUGCCACCCCAGGAAUCUGCACCUCCGCCGGCCCCAGUCUUAAGUCCCAAUGAAUCCGUGCACAUGUACGCCAAUGUAGAGGCCAUGAUCUUCGAUUUAAGCAAUGAGCGUUGUUAUGAGAAUGUAAAUCGACUGGAGCUGCCGAUCUCCGUACCGUCGAGGGAGUCAGUUGUACAACAGGAGCCAGCUACCCCGACAAGCUUGGCGGGUAGCAGUGGCGUCAACUACAUUGUCUUAGAUCUGGAUCAGCCCAAAAGUCCUGCUCCUCCGUCUGGAUCGCCGAAAACAUUUAACGGCUUUGGCAGUGGUUUGUCUUUGGUUUCAACUAAAGCUGCGGUCACGGCUCCGGUUACUCCGGAGGCAAGUUUAGCCCUAGACGUUCCCGCGGCUCCGACUCAAACCCAAAGCCUCAACAGCGUAUCAGCGGCGGCCGCUAAUGAUGCAGGAGAGCCUCCGUCGAACAGAAACUCUGAAUGCUCAGGCACCCAAGGAUACUCUACUAUCGAUUUCAUUCGCACAUACGCGUUGAACAAAUCCUCGUCAGAGCUGCCGGAACAGGUAACCCACCGACAGCAUCCUGCACAUGAGGCUGAGGAGCUGAGGAUCACCAGGCACAGCAAAUGCAUUCGAAAAGCGUACUCAAUAAGCGAAUGAGUUGAGAUUGCUCAAGUCAAAGCAAAGGGCACAACGAAUUUAUAAAAACAAGGUGUUUUCCAAAUCCCACAACUAAAGGGGACUAGAGUGAGGAACCAGUUAUUAUUUCUGUGGCUUUUGAUUGCUAAAUUGACCAAAUCCAAUUCAGUUUCGAGGGUUUUAAACUUUAAAGAACAAGGAAUAUGUUUCUUACUUUUGUUUUAUGAUAAUCAUUUCAAUUCAGUUUAAAAUUGAUAAAUGUUACAAGUUUGGAACCUCUUCCAAAACAUAAAGGUUUUCGGAAAUGUGCAGCACAACGAAUUAACCACAAUCGAUGAUAUUGGAUAGAUGGUAUUACAUAGAUUGUGGUAAAGUGGAAUUGAAGUGAUUUGCCAAAGAGUUGUUUUGCUUCCCUCUGAGCCAAACAAGCAACAAUAUUAAAUCCAGGUUGUUUUAGUAGUCAGUACUAUCCCCCACGCGCAGACAUGACUUGCAUACGUACUUAGUUAAUAUUUAAGCAUAGUUUUUAGCGUUCAUUAGAGAUUAGAUGGUUUUGUGUACGUGCCAGCGGCUGUUAAAACUAGUCAUUUUUUGGAUUUUUGUGCAAAUUUAUCAUAGUGAGCAACACGAAAGGCUUUUAACAUUUAAAUUGUAAAUGGUAUGUAGAUGUGUAAGCAUAGCACCUAAGUACCAAUAUAUACAUCUGCGUACACUCAAAACGUAAUUGUGUACGAUCGUUGUUGGCCAAGGCUUUAUAAUUGUAUUUUGUUGCAACAUAAAAAACAAAACAAAACGAUGGCAGCAAGCAUUGCGUUGCAUUGUCCGCUGUGAGUUUCUAAUUUUUUACAUAAAUAUACCGCUAAAUUGUUAAACCCCAGUUGUUAGGAAUAUUAUAUACACUUCAUCCUGGCCUCCAGGCUUGAAUGAUUAGACCGAAGAUUUUUGCAGUUGCAUAGAUUUACAUACAUACUUACGAUUGCGGCUCAGUCCGCGGCAUAAACUAUAUUAUUGUUAGUGUCUAAGACGAAAUAUGUGCAAUAAAACUCAAAUGAUCUUGUAA